UCUGGUGAUCCCUGUUCGCGCGGUCGUGGUGAGGCUUCUUUUGUUAAUUUGUAAAUAAAUUGAUUUUUUUAGGAAUUUUGUGUGAAGGGUGGAAUGUUGUGAGUUUUAAUUGGAGCUAUGUUCUCGACUUGACAUGAAAGGCCCCCAAUUGUGGAGGGAAAAGUUGAAUAAGUGUGUGUGUGCAUGUGAUUGGAUAAAUGAGUUGAGAGUGCGCCGAGAGCUAAGAUACCCUCAAGCAGCUCCCAUGGCUUCAUCGCUUGAAACCUUGGGGUCCUAUGAAAGUCAAUUUGACUAUAUUGUGAUGGGGGUCUUCCAAACACUGAUGAUUCAAAUUCCAAUCAUAUAACAUGGAUGAAUAAGGAACCAGAUAUGCUUGCGUAUACAGGAACAAUGCAUAAUAAGUCUUUGUCAGAUGUUUGGUAUCCAAAUGUAAAUAUCAACCGGUAUAAGUUUCCCCAUUCAUUUGUUUUAGAAAACUCAAGAGAAUUGCUUAGCUUGAAAUAAAAAGUUGUAAAUUAUGUCUUCAAAAAUUCAAAUAAACAAACGUGUUAAGGGACUACCACGAGAGGAACUAGAAAAACUGUCAAAAACUGAGCUAAUAGAUAAAAUCAUACAAUUGGAGGCAUAUAAUUUUCAAUUGAAAAACAUUUUUAAUAAAAAACUGGACGAAAAUGAUGACGAUUUGAGGGAUGAACUCAAGGAAUUAAAUCAACUAAAUGAUCAAUGCAAAACAGAAAAGCCAGAGGAUGUAAAUAAAAAGAAUGCCAUUGAAGAUUCGACGGAGGGAUCUCCAGAAAAUCCAAAUGCCGUUGGCAAUAAGAAGAACAAAAAGAGGGAAUUCGAUUUCAGCAAAUGUCACAAAAGACAUGUCCUGAUGAAAUUCCUUUAUUUUGGCUGGGAUUAUCAGGGCUAUGCGUGUCAGGAGGAUUCCAAUGCUACCAUAGAAUAUCAUUUGUUUAGAGCCCUAACCAGAGCUUGUCUGAUAGAAUCCCGAAAUUCCUCAAAUUACCAUCGUUGUGGCCGCACCGACAAAGAAGUGAGUGCCUUUUGCCAGGUAAUAUCCAUUGAUUUGCGUAGUAAAUUCCCCCCAGAGGAACAAUAUGAAGAGGAUAGCUUAAAAAAUGAAAUAGACUAUUGUGGUCUAUUGAAUCGCAUUUUACCGAAAAAUAUUCAAUGCAUUGCCUGGAUGCCAUUACGCAGCCCUGUUUACAGUGCCCGCUUCGAUUGUGUUGCCAGAACGUAUCGUUAUUAUUUUCCCAAAGGAGAUUUGAAUAUUGAGGCCAUGCAAAAAGCCUGUAAACUUUUGCAAAUACAUGGUGAUUUUCGUAACUUUUGUAAAAUGGAUGUCCACAAUGGUGUCACCAAUUACAUACGAAAUUUACAAGCUGCCAAUGUCCUACCCUGUCCCAAUGUACAGGAUGAACAACGUCAGGGUUAUUCCAUGUAUUUCUUAGAGAUCAAAGCCAAUGCAUUUUUGUGGCAUCAAAUACGUUGUAUAAUGGCGGUGUUGUUGCUGAUUGGCCAAGAGAAGGAGGAGCCAGAGGUGAUAACUGAACUGCUGGAUGUUGAAAAGAACCCGUGUAAACCCCAGUACACCCCUGCCAUUGGUUUACCCUUGAAUUUGUUUAACUGUGAAUUUAGGGAGAAAACUUGUCGUCGCACAGACGAAGAGUUGGCAAUGGCAGCACAAACAGAUGAUAUUGUUCCUCCGCAAGAGGAAAUAAUGGAUAUUGAUUCUACGCCUGACACAAGUCCUUGGAUUUACAAUGAGGAAAAUUUACAAAAACUCAUCGAAAAUGUUCAAAGUGAAUGGACACAAUUUAGCAUCAAGUCCACCAUGAUCCGUAAUGUUCUGCACAAUUUGGAAACCCUACUCGAUGAACAAUUCAAGCCACAAGCUGUGCAAUCACAGGUCCUGCUACUGCAAGAUGGUGUAAAACCCAGACAAUAUCAAAAAUUGUUAACAAGGAAACGAUGUGAGAGUCUGGAAAAUCGCAUUGAACAUUUUGUGAAAAAGCAGCGGCUCAUUGUUAACUGAAAUAAAUUAAAUUCAAAGAUUUUUUUUUUGGUUAAACAUUCAACGUGUUUUAGUUUAUUUUAAUUUACAAGUGAAAUACAAUUUGAAUAAAUCUUAACAUUUACAUUCAUUCAU